GUAACAGAAAAGUCCUCAAAGCCACAAGAUAAUAAAACUAAACGUUAAUGUGUUUUGUGUGUGUUUAUGGUUUUCUCACAGUUUCAAGUAAGAAUCUGUCUGUGACUCAGAUUCCACUCAACAUCACUGUGAAUGAAGGAGAAUCUACUCAAAUCAGCUGCUGCUGGAAUGAAAUCAUACAGAAUGUUAAAGUUGCUUGGUACAUCAAUGAGAAAAAGGAAAAACAGGAUCUCCAAGAAAAUAAAACACAGAACUGUUCAAUUCUGAACCUCACAAACAUACUUAAAAAUGCUUCAGGUCAUUAUGUUUGUGAAGUGACUCAAGACAUACCAGUCCUGCUUCAGAAGAAUGGUAGUGGAACAGUCAUAACUGUCAAUUACAUACUAGUAGAAACAACAACAACUGUCAGUGUUCACACACUUUUCAACCCAGCAGCUGGUAGUUCGCGGGAGGUUGUGAUCAUAUAUAUUUUCAGAAGUCUGCCCUUCAUCUGUCUGCUGGUGGUGUUCUUUUACCUAAACAGGGACAAAAAACAAGUCACAGCAUCAAGACCAGAAAGUCAGGAGUCAGGAGAAAAAAUGGAUGAAGACCUGGAGGCCGGAGAGACACAGAGGAGUGAAACUGAAGUAGCGAAACAGGGUGAGAAUGUUUCUGAACAGGAGAAAAGGAGGGUCAACAACCAGAAACCUGAAGUUACUACUGCAGCAACAGAAGAAGAAAAAGAAAAUGAAGAAACAGAUGUAGUUGUAGACACUGAACAAGGUACAUCUCCAAUGCGUGACGAUGAAAAAAACAAGACUGAAUCUGUUCUGAACACUGAUGAAAAGACACUAAUGACUGAUGCUGAAGAAGUGACUGUUUCUGUGCUGGGCGGCUUUGUUUCAGCUCUGUGAGACAUACAGGAAAUGGAGUUAUGGGUGUGUUGUUCAGGUCUAUGAUGCCACUUCCUGCAUAAUUGCUUGUUUGCAGACUCAUAAUGGUUUGCAAUGAUUUACACUGAAUCCUGAAAGUAGGUGAAAUAUAGUAUGUCUUGUGCAUGCAUGAAUCUUUCUGUUGGAUUGUGUGUAUUGUGGGAUUGUGUAUAUGGUUGUUUUUCAGUGUGUCUUGGGUGAAUCGAAUGCGAGAUCAGUGUUGUGGUUUACUGUGGGCUUCACUGUGAUAAAAUUAGUUGCGUGGGGAGGGGGUGAAAUUCUGAGAGUACGAGUGUCUCAUGCGUGUGAAAGGUUAUUAUGUGGGAGUAAAGCAGAGUUCAGAUUCUCUGCAGAUGCUCAGAAAUGAAGUGUUCCUCCAGACUCCUGUGUGGGCUCCUCGUGUCAUGCCUUUAUUUCAGAGGUAAGUGCCACUUGAAACUCCUUCCUGAGUGAAAACCCAGCACAGAUGCUCCAGGAUACUGUUCUGUAUAGUACAAAAUAAAAUAAAUCAACUGUCUGUAGAGCUGUGCGAGGAUGCUGCGUUUCUGUAUUCAUCAGGAGACAUUUUUGUGGCAUUUUGGACUAUUUUAAUAAACACUUUUGAAGAGCUGUCUAGUUGUAUAAUUAGAGCAUAUGGUAAUUUUUUCUGCCGUGUUGUUAAUCUGUUUAGAAAAACAAAUUUCUUCUUCGUUAUUCCUUUGUUGUUGAUAUUUAAACAUAUGUUUUAUAAGGUAGAGCUGUAUAAGAAAUGAAAAGGUACUACUACUAAGGAAGGUGGAAGAUUUGCACAUAUAAAUUGUUGUAAAACAUUUUUUAAAACUAGCUAAGUCACUCAUUUGUAGGCAUGAACUCAACAUACUGUGAACAACAAGCGGUCCAAUUUGAGUUGAUUAGACCGAUGUGAUCUGUAAGAGCUUUUAUAUGUAUAUAAGAGAUAGACUUUGUGGUCUUUAUUUUUUUCACAAUUAUCACCCAUUAUUUUUGACAUUAUUUAAAAACAAUUUUGUUACAAUGUUCUUUUCUUUUUUCCCACCUUGAUGUGGUCUUAUUUCAGAUUCUAACCAGUGGUUUUGCACCAUCAUGAUGGGUUUUUUAUUUUUUAAGAGAUGUUUUCUUAUAGUGGGUUGUAUCUAUUUUUUACAGGUGCAUGCUUUACCUGUAUUUAAAAUUUUGCACUUCAUUGCGUUAUGUUUUAGGGUUAACGGAAAUGUCUGUAAAAUUGCUGAAUAAUGUCCUGGCAAAAAAAUUACCAUUACCAGUAUUUAUUUAUUUGUUUUAAAUACUAACAGUUUGAGUAACAGGAAAGUCCUCAAAGCCACAAGAUAAUACAACAAAACGUUCAUGUGUUUUGUGUGUGUUUAUGCUUUUCUCACAGUUUCAAGUGAGAAUCUGUCUGUGACUCAGAGUCCACCCAACAUCACUGUGAAUGAAGGAGAAUCUGCUCAAAUCAAAUGCUGCUGGAAUGAAAUCAUACAGAAUGUUAAAGUUGCUUGGUACAUACAUGAGAAAAAACUAAA